UGAUAGCCAAAAUGACUGCGCCGUCCACCUCGCGUGCCCACCCGGCCACUGAUUCCGGCAAGGCUCAAUCUCCCGUCCUUGGAUUAAGCCGGAAUCGAAAGCGUCAGGAGAGACGAAAGCAGCGCCUGCAGGAAAUGCAAGAUUUGCUGUACACCAAGCACUUCUCCAACUACAGACUGCCGGCGUCGGUGGCCGCGCCAACUCCCGAGGAUGAGCUGCUCCAACUGCAGAAUUUCCAUUCGCUGACCGAGCAGCCGUCCAGCAGCAGGAAAAGCGCACUGCCAGUGAACACAUCUAGCGAUUCGCCGUGGAGCCGACUGCGCCUGGUGGCAUGCCCAUGUCACGGAUGCCUCUGCUCGGUUGAGCCCAGCGCUCUGUUGGGUCACUAUUUGAGUGACCAUCUGCCGGGAAUGGGGGUGCCGUUCUACGAACUGGAAAUGGGCAAGCGAGUGUCAUUAACGUGUCAUAUUAGCAGCCUGGAAAAAGAUGUCAACUCCCUGCUGGGGGUCUAUGGCUAUCGGCGCACCGGCCUCAAUCCUCUGAAAUGCCACCGAAACACCCAUCUGCCGGUGGAGUACCGCCGCUUCUCGCAGCAUAGCGCCCUCAUGAUCUUCGCCUGCCGCACCAUGCACUCGGUGCUGUGGGAAAGGAAGCGUGUCAAGCACGAAGUCCUGGCCAUCUGGGUGGCUACUCCGUUGCAAGGCGUGGCCAUCACUCUGCGCCUGCUGGUCCAACCGGCCAACCUGCCACGUUACUACGCCAGGCAGAUAAAAGCGCGUCCAAUGCUGCCACUGUCGUCGAACCAAACCUGCAGUGAGUUCAUCAAGACCGACAGCAACGUGAUCCUCAUCAGCUUAGAUGACCUUAAGGCACUAAUGGACUUGGAUGUUUGGCAGCAAUCGCUAACCGUCGAACUGAAAGUGAUUAGCGAGGCAAGAAUAUAAAACUUCCAGUUUUUUUUUUUUUGGAAUUCGCAAUAUUUUUGGCCAUGUAUUUAAGUCUAAGAUUAAACAAGAAAACAUAAAACUUGAACUUGCACUUAGUAUAUGCAUUAAUAAAUUAGUACAAAGUAUCAGAGAUUACAUUUGAUAAAAGCAGCUACUUCCUGAUCCAGGCAUCCUACUUGCGUUACACUGCUGAAUAUAUAUACAUACAAGGCGUACAAGGCUUUUCAAUUUGGAUAACAUGUCACAGUUUAUCAUUGUUAUUCGUACAAUUGUGCUGUUCCUCACACUUACAGCAUACUAAGGGGAAUUUACAAAUUUUGAGCUUACAUACAUAAAAUUUAGAUUUUAAAUAUAUAAUUAUGUGUAUAACCUUAUAUCAUUAAGGCUUUCUAAGUGGCGCGCAUGUGCAGAUAUUCUAAAAUUGUACUAGAGAGAGCGGUGCGCUGAAUCCUCAGGCAGCGUCGCUUCGCUUUUAACGCAACAAGAAAUAUAAGCGCCAUCUUAUCGGGGGACGACAAACUAAACAAGACAAACUAAACAAAACAAACUAAAAGAACGCAACUAGAAAAUAAAAAACA